CUCCCCUCCUCCUCCUCUUUCUCCAAAUGGAGAGAGUUCUUUUUUUUCUUCUUCCAUCUCAUCUAUUGAAUCAAGGAGCUGCUGCGGCCGCUGCCCGCUGCACACACACAGAGCGGAGUCCCCAAGUCCCGGGAGCGAGUGAGGCGCGCUGCACUGGGGCAGAAUGGUCCAGCGGGUCGGCGAGGAGCACAAGAAAGCAGAGUCCGGGACCGAACAGCCACCGCGAACCCAGCAGCCAGAGCCCGAGCAGCCCGAGCAGCAGCUUCAGGAGCCGCCACCGCCAGAAAGCGCCGCCGCGAGAGAGCGGCGGCGGCGGCUUGCCCCGCGCCCGGCAGCGCUGAGACCCACUGGGCACCCACGGACCCCGCGGCGGUGGCUCUGCGCUUACCCUCCGCGGCCGCUCGAGCGACCCGGGAGGCGCCGAGGGAGCCGGCGAGGCCGGCGGGAGCGGCGGGGAUUUGCUGGCGCUUUCUGCAGUGAAGGGGUCGCGGCGCGGGGCGGGGGGCGGGUAGGGGGAGUUGGGGAUCUCGAGGAGCGCCGCGCGAGCGUCGGAAGGACAGGCUGGCUCCGCGCGCCGGCUCUCGCCCUCCCGAGAACUGGAUGUGGGCAGCGGCGGCCACAGAGACCUCGGGACCCCCGCGCAAUGUGGCAAUGGAAGGCGCAGGGUCUGACUCCCCGGCAGCGGCUGCGGCCGCAGCGGCAGCAGCGCCCGCCGUGUGAGCAGCAGCAGCAGCGGCAGCAGCAGCAACAGCAGCAGCAGGUCUGUCAACCGGAGCCCCAGCCCGAACUGCCGGCGGCCAGCAGCGUCCUCGCCAGCCGAGCGCCCGGGCGCGCCGGGAGCCCGCAGCGGCGGCAGCAGCGCGCCGGGCCGCCCGGGAAGCCUCGGUUCCCGCGGCGGCGGCGGCGGCGGCGGCGGCGGCGGCACCAUGGCUCGGCUGGUAACGCCGCCGAGCCCCAGGACCGCGGCGGCGGCGGCAGCUGCAGCGGGGCCCCCGGGUCGGCCGGCUGGCGGCGGGAGGCGCAGACGGACCGGGGGGCUGCGCCGCAACGCCGCGCUGGACCGGGACUAUCUGCACCGGCCCAGCUACUGCGACGCCGCCUUCGCUCUGGAGCAGAUUUCCAAGGGGAAAGCUACUGGCCGGAAAGCGCCGCUGUGGCUGAGAGCGAAGUUCAGAGACUCUUAUUUAAACUGGGUUGUUACAUUCAAAAAAACUGCGGCAAGUUCUUGGUUGUGGGCCUUCUCAUAUUUGGGGCCUUCGCUGUGGGAUUAAAGGCAGCUAAUCUCGAGACCAACGUGGAGGAGCUGUGGGUGGAAGUUGGUGGACGAGUAAGUCGUGAAUUAAAUUAUACUCGCCAGAAGAUUGGAGAAGAGGCUAUGUUUAAUCCUCAACUCAUGAUUCAGACCCCGAAAGAAGACGGUGCUAAUGUCCUGACCCCGGAAGCCCUCCGACAACACCUGGACUCAGCCCUCCAGGCCAGCCGAGUCCAUGUAUAUAUGUAUAACAGACAGUGGAAAUUGGAACACUUGUGUUACAAAUCCGGAGAACUUAUCACAGAAACAGGUUACAUGGAUCAGAUAAUAGAAUAUCUUUACCCUUGUUUAAUUAUUACACCUUUGGACUGCUUCUGGGAAGGGGCAAAGUUACAAUCUGGGACAGCAUACCUACUAGGUAAGCCUCCUUUGCAGUGGACAAACUUUGACCCUUUGGAAUUCCUGGAAGAGUUAAAGAAAAUAAACUAUCAAGUGGACAGCUGGGAGGAAAUGCUGAAUAAGGCCGAAGUUGGUCAUGGUUAUAUGGACCGGCCCUGCCUCAACCCAGCUGAUCCAGACUGCCCGGCCACAGCCCCCAACAAGAACGCAACCAAACCUCUUGAUGUGGCCCUUGUUUUGAACGGUGGAUGUCAUGGAUUAUCCAGAAAGUAUAUGCACUGGCAGGAGGAACUGAUUGUGGGUGGCACAGUCAGGAAUAGCACCGGGAAGCUUGUCAGUGCCCACGCCUUGCAGACCAUGUUUCAGUUAAUGACUCCCAAGCAAAUGUACGAGCACUUCAAGGGGUACGAGUAUGUCUCGCACAUCAACUGGAACGAGGACAAGGCAGCAGCCAUCCUGGAGGCUUGGCAGAGGACAUACGUGGAGGUGGUUCAUCAAAGUGUUGCUCCCAACUCCACUCAGAAGGUGCUUUCCUUUACCACAACGACCCUGGACGACAUCCUGAAGUCCUUCUCUGAUGUCAGUGUCAUCCGAGUGGCCAGUGGCUACCUACUGAUGCUUGCCUAUGCCUGUUUAACCAUGCUGCGCUGGGACUGCUCCAAGUCCCAGGGUGCCGUGGGGCUGGCUGGCGUCCUGCUGGUUGCACUGUCAGUGGCUGCAGGAUUGGGCCUGUGCUCAUUGAUCGGGAUUUCCUUUAACGCUGCAACAACUCAGGUUUUGCCGUUUCUUGCUCUUGGCGUUGGCGUGGAUGACGUUUUCCUUCUGGCACAUGCGUUUAGUGAAACAGGACAGAAUAAAAGAAUCCCUUUUGAGGACAGGACUGGAGAGUGCCUCAAGCGCACAGGAGCCAGCGUGGCCCUCACCUCCAUCAGCAACGUCACUGCCUUCUUUAUGGCCGCACUGAUCCCCAUCCCCGCCCUGCGAGCCUUCUCCCUCCAGGCCGCUGUAGUAGUGGUAUUCAAUUUUGCUAUGGUUCUGCUAAUUUUUCCUGCGAUUCUCAGCAUGGAUUUGUAUCGACGUGAGGACCGGAGGUUGGAUAUUUUCUGCUGUUUUACAAGCCCCUGCGUCAGCAGAGUGAUUCAGGUUGAACCUCAGGCCUACACGGAGACUCAUGAUAACACCCGCUACAGCCCCCCACCCCCUUACAGCAGCCACAGCUUCACCCAUGAAACCCAGAUCACCAUGCAAUCCACAGUGCAGCUCCGCACAGAGUACGACCCCCACACUCACGUGUACUAUACCACUGCCGAGCCACGCUCCGAGAUCUCCGUGCAGCCCGUCACCAUGACCCAGGAUACCCUCAGCUGCCAGAGCCCCGAGAGCACCAGCUCCACAAGGGACCUUCUCUCCCAGUUCUCCGACUCCAGCCUCCAUUGCCUUGAGCCCCCCUGCACCAAGUGGACACUUUCAUCUUUUGCCGAGAAACAUUAUGCUCCUUUCCUCUUGAAACCAAAAGCCAAGGUCGUGGUGAUCUUCCUUUUCCUGGGCUUGCUGGGUGUCAGCCUUUAUGGGACUACCCGAGUGCGCGAUGGGCUGGACCUUACAGACAUUGUGCCUCGGGAAACAAGAGAAUAUGACUUUAUUGCUGCACAAUUCAAAUACUUUUCUUUCUACAACAUGUAUAUAGUCACCCAGAAAGCAGACUACCCGAAUAUCCAGCACUUACUUUACGACCUUCACAAGAGUUUCAGCAAUGUGAAGUAUGUCAUGUUGGAAGAAAAUAAACAGCUUCCCAAAAUGUGGCUGCACUACUUCAGAGACUGGCUCCAAGGACUUCAGGAUGCAUUUGACAGUGACUGGGAAACUGGGAAAAUCAUGCCAAACAAUUACAAAAAUGGAUCAGAUGAUGCGGUCCUUGCCUACAAACUCCUGGUGCAGACUGGCAGCCGUGAUAAACCCAUUGACAUCAGCCAGUUGACCAAACGGCGCCUGGUGGACGCGGACGGCAUCAUCAACCCCAGCGCGUUCUACAUCUACCUGACCGCUUGGGUCAGCAACGACCCUGUGGCGUACGCCGCCUCCCAGGCCAACAUCCGGCCUCACCGUCCCGAGUGGGUGCACGACAAAGCCGACUACAUGCCCGAAACCAGACUCAGAAUCCCAGCAGCAGAGCCCAUCGAAUACGCUCAGUUCCCUUUCUACCUCAACGGCUUGCGGGACACCUCAGACUUCGUUGAAGCCAUUGAAAAGGUCAGAACCAUCUGCAACAACUACACGAGCCUGGGGCUCUCCAGCUACCCCAACGGCUACCCCUUCCUCUUCUGGGAGCAGUACAUCGGCCUCCGCCACUGGCUCCUGCUGUCCAUCAGCGUGGUGCUGGCCUGCACGUUCCUGGUGUGUGCUGUCUUCCUCCUGAACCCCUGGACGGCUGGGAUCAUUGUGACAGUCCUGGCUCUGAUGACGGUCGAGCUCUUUGGCAUGAUGGGCCUCAUUGGGAUCAAGCUGAGCGCCGUGCCCGUGGUCAUCCUGAUCGCUUCCGUUGGCAUUGGAGUGGAGUUCACCGUCCACGUUGCUCUGGCCUUUCUAACGGCCAUUGGUGAUAAGAACCGCAGGGCUGUGCUCGCCCUAGAGCACAUGUUCGCACCCGUCCUGGAUGGCGCUGUUUCCACUCUGCUGGGAGUGCUGAUGCUUGCAGGAUCGGAGUUCGAUUUCAUUGUCAGGUAUUUCUUUGCUGUCCUGGCAAUCCUAACAAUCCUGGGUGUUCUCAACGGGCUGGUUUUGCUCCCAGUCCUUCUGUCCUUCUUUGGACCGUACCCCGAGGUGUCUCCAGCCAACGGGCUGAACCGACUGCCCACCCCUUCCCCCGAGCCGCCCCCCAGCGUGGUCCGCUUUGCUGUGCCCCCCGGUCAUGCAAACAAUGGGUCUGAUUCCUCUGACUCGGAGUACAGUUCUCAGACAACAGUGUCGGGCAUCAGCGAAGAGCUUCGGCACUACGAGGCCCAGCAGGGCACCGGAGGCCCUGCCCACCAAGUGAUCGUGGAAGCCACAGAAAACCCUGUCUUUGCCCGCUCCACUGUGGUCCAUCCUGAAGCGAGACAUCACCCACCCUCAAACCCUCGCCAGCAACCCCCCCUGGACACAGAGUCUUUGCCUCCUGGACGACCAGGCCAGCAGCCCCGGAGGGAACCCCCCAGAGAAGGCCUGCGGCCACCCCCCUACAGACCGCGCAGAGACGCUUUCGAAAUUUCUACUGAUGGGCAUCCUGGCCCUAGUAAUAGGGACCGUGCGGGCCCCCGGGGAGCCCGUUCGAACAACCCUCGGCACCCAGCGUUCACUGCCAUGGGCAGCUCGGCACCCAGCUACUGCCAGCCCAUCACCACUGUGACGGCCUCGGCGUCCGUGACUGUGGCCGUGCACCCCCCGCCUGCCCCUGGGCCCGGCUCCACGUGGAACACCCGAGGGGGACUGUGCCCGGGCUACGGGGACUACCCCGAGACUGAGUACGGGCUAUUUGAGGACCCCCACGUGCCUUUUAAUGUCCGGUGCGAGAGGAGGGAUUCCAAGGUGGAAGUCAUAGAGCUGCAGGACGUGGAAUGUGAGGAGAGGCCCCGGGGCAGCAGCUCCAACUGAGGGUGAGUAAAAUCUGAAGCAGAGGCCAAAGAUUGGAAGCCCCCCACUCCCCCAAUCCCCUCUACCCCCGAACUGCUUGAAGAGAACCGCUUAGAGUCCCACAGGCGUGCGCUCCGGGAGAGCAGUUCCGCGUUACUGUAACCGAUUGUAUUAUUUUGUGAAAUAGUUCUAUAAAUAUUUAAGAGGUGUACACAUAUGUAAUAUACGAAGGAACGGAUGUACAGUAGUGCGAUCUGGGCUCUCUCCACCCCCGCCCCCAGAGUGGGUGGUGGGGAGGCUGCCGCGGGGCCCCUCCCGAUUUGUGCAUGGGUCUCUGUGCCACAAACAAGCCUAACUUAGUCUUAAAUUUCAGCAUAUGUUGCUGCUGCUUAAAUAUUGUAUAAUUUACCUGUAUAAUUCUAUGCAAAUAUUGCUUAUGUAAUAGGAUUAUUUUGUAAAGGUUUCUGUUUAAAAUAUUUUAAAUUUGCAUAUCACAACCCUGUGGUAGUAUGAAAUGUUACUGUUAACUUUCAAACACGCUAUGCGUGAUAAUUUUGUUGUUUAAUGAGCAGAUAUGAAGAAGGUACGCUGACCCCGGUGGCUUCUCCAGGUGUAGUGGGAUGUGGUUUCGUUUGGCUGUGUGUAUGUGUGUGUGUGUGUGUGUGUGUGUGUGUGUGUGAGAACAUGUGUGUGGAUUCCCAAUGUACUGUACUGUGAUUUUAUUUUUUUUUCUCUUUUUGUUUCUUUUCACUGUCUUGUAACCCUCAGUGGGCUCUGCCCUAGUUGAGCUGGAAGAGUCAGGAUGUCUUUAUUGCUUGGUGCUGGUGGAAAGCUAGCCCUGAAUGUCGCCUUACCCUUUCGCCGGACUCCCUUCAGGCCCAGGGCUCUCUUGCGAUCAUUGGCUGCUAUCCAGACUCUCCCAAUUCAUGCCUCAGAGGAGACGGGCUCCGUUGCAUGGAUCGUUGUGGUGGACGGUGGAACCUCAGGGUUUAGAGCUAACAUCCGCUCAUCUUCAUUGGUAUUAAAGCGUUAUUAUAGAACACGCUCAGUGGUAUGCCUCAGCUGGGCCAUGAACAUAUACUCUAGACUAUGCAGCCUUCGUUGUACCUCUCGUGACACACACACGUGCACACACACAUACACAUACACGCACCCUCAAAAACAUAAGGGCAGAUUGGAAAUCUUUCAGAGACCAUGACCCUGCUAUGAGUAGAAAAACCUGUUGAUUCUGGUUUUUUACCACAGUCAACCCAGAGGUGAUGUUUUGAGUCCCUACAAUUUAAACUCCCCCUUCUUCCUAAAUUGCACAGUUGGCUGGGACUUUCUGGGUCUGUUUGUAUCUUCUUGAAAAAUAAAUAGUGAGCCUCCAGUGUGGUGAUGUGGAGUCAGAAGUUCUGCAGGGUAGGAGCUUCCGAAGGAUCCUUCUCAGUGUGUGAAUAUUCCCAUUAUGGGCCCACGUGCCCUCAACAGACCGUGUCCCUCCUCUCAGCCUCAUUAGUGUUCCCUCGACGGGAUGUUGAUCCAAGAGCAGGGAGAUGUUCAUUCAAUACCCCACUGAAGAACGUGUCUGGAGGCAGGUCUCUCAACCAGGUGUGAUUUUUAAAGAUUUGCUUCUGUCUUGCUUCUGUCGUCUUGCUCUGAGGUGUGUGUCAGGGAGAUGGUCAGUACCCAGACUUGGCUCUGUGGGAGCACGCAAGUGGCAGCUCCCACAGUGCCCUCCUGUUCACCACAGAAAAACUCAGUCAGGAGGCAAUGGGCUCCCGGUAGUACCCAGCAGCAUAGUGACCUCAGACCCAAAACCUUGCCACAAAACUGUAAGAUAUUCAUUGGAAGCCCCCUGUGGCCACCAGGUGUGUGUGUUCACGUGCCAGGGUCCCGGGGGGCCUGCAUCUACUGUCCAGUGACUCCGUCAGCCACACUGUCUGUCCACCUAAUACCCAGCUCUGCUCAGAAAACUUAUGUCCUGCGUUCAAGAGAGAGAUGGUGCAGAAUUCUGAGGUCUGCUUCUCUCUGGCUCGUGGCAUGCCCUCCUUGCUCCUUUCCUGAGCCCAGCUUGUGUGGUGCAUGAGAGCUCACACGGCUCUGCUUUCUGCACAGUGUAGAACUUUCUCCCACAGUCACUUUGGCAAAGGGAGAACCCGGGGGCGGGCAGGCGGCCAGAAUUUAUCUCUCUCUCUAUCUCUCUCUCUUUUUAAAAAUAGUUUUAUUUUGUCUGUCUUGUUUGUUUAUUUGGAUGUUUUAAUUUUUUUUAAAUCUUUGCUGAUAUUUAUAAUUUUGUAUCAUAAGAAUGUUUUCCUACAGUAUUUGUCAUGCCAGUUUAUAACAAAAAAAUGCAGGGAUUUUAUUUCUAUUGGAAACACUAUUACAGCUAUGUUUUACUUUUGAACAGAAUUUUUAUUUGUAUAGAGUGCUUACUAAUGUUAAAUAGUUCAGAGUAUAUAACAUUUUCAUUAAAGACUCAUGGUAGGUGUUAGUGUAAGGAGUUUAAAGGAAAUAAAUAUUCAAACUGGGUCUCAUUGUCUGCCAGUUUUGGCAGAAAUGGGUUUGUGUCAUUUCAAUUACAAAGAUAAAAGUAUGCCAUAUAAUUUAUUUAUAUGAAAAUUUAUUUUUGUAGUGUACAUAGUAGUCAUCAAGUCUUUGACAGAAGUAUAUUUUUAAAGAAUUUAUAUGUGAUGAAUCCAUAAUGUCUGGAACUUUGCUGAGACAUGAGUGGGGCACACUUUUCAUUGUAAGUACAGCAAGGAAAAGAAAAUGUUUAACAGUGUUAAGAGAGUGAGAGAUCGAGUAAAUAUUCAUGCAAUUGUGAAAUGUGUAUUAGUUACCAUUUGUGACCUAGUGUGGUUCUCAUUUUAAACCUUGGAAGGCAAAAAUGUACAAACUCUCUAAAUAUUAAUGUUCAAACACUGAUAGAAAUUCUAACAUGAAUAAAAAAUAAUAUAACUUGUUGGUUA